CAAGCAGUCAGCUGAUGUGGAAAAGUUCCCUUACCUGUUCUAUCUGGCUGUGAAAAGGAAGGAGGGAUGUUUGACACACUGUAUGAAUGCUUCUGGUCAGACAGUCUAUGGUUGCCUGUGGGCCUAACAUGGGCUGACCUGGAAGACAAAGAGGGCCGGGUCUAUGCCAAAGCCUCCAAUCUUUAUGUGACUCUCCCCUAUGCCUUAGCCUUUUUACUCAUCAGAUACCUGUUUGAAAGAUGGAUAGCAACACCACUUGCAGUUUCUGCUGGAAUCAAGCAGAGAGUCUAUCUGAAAGCUGAGGAAAAUUCUAUCUUGGAGUUCUACUACACUACUCAGUGUCGAAAUCCUGCUCAGGUUGACAUUGAUGGGUUGUCUAAGAAAAGCUGUCUGUCCACGAGACAAGUGGAGCGCUGGUUUAGAAGAAGACGCAGACAGGACCGCCCUGGAGUUCUGAAGAAAUUCACAGAGGCCAGCUGGCGAUUUGUUUUCUACCUGUCUGCAUUUAUUGGAGGAAUGGUAGCACUGCAUGAUAAAGAAUGGCUUUAUGAUACUAGGGAAGUAUGGACAGGUUUUCCCAAGCAGACCAUGCUAGAGUCUCAGUACUGGUAUUAUAUCUUGGAAAUGAGUUUCUAUGGCUGUCUUCUCUUCAGUGUUGCUUUUGAUGUCAAGAGGAAGGACUUUAAGGAGCAAAUCAUCCACCACUUGGCCACUCUGGUCCUCUUAUCCUUUUCCUGGUGUGCCAACUACAUCCGUGUAGGAACACUGGUUAUGCUUAUCCAUGAUGCUUCCGAUGUUUUCCUAGAGUCUGCCAAAUUAUUCAACUAUGCCAAAUGGGAGAAAACCUGCAAAACUCUCUUUGUUUUGUUUGCCAUAGUGUUCAUGGUAACACGACUGAUCAUCUUUCCAUUUUGGCUGAUCCACUGUACUUGGGUCUACCCUGUUCUCUAUUACCCUGCCUUCUUUGGUUACUACUUCUUCAACACAAUGCUGGUGGUCCUGCUUUGUCUGCACAUUUUCUGGGCCUACCUCAUUCUACGCAUGAUCAGGAAAUUUAUGUUUGGCACACUAACCAAAGAUGAAAGAAGUGACAAUGAAGAGGAAGAUGGGGACGAAAGCAGCUCAACACAGGAUGAAGUUGAACAAAGGCACAAGCCUGCCGGAUCACUGGUGGCUGAUAAGAAGUAUGACAAGAACGGAGGGUCUAGAUCCUUAUCUCCACCAGAGAACAUCUGCUGGUCAAAGACUGUGUGCUGACUCGUAUUCACGACUCUGAGUACAGGAGAAUAAUCCUGAAAUAGACUUUGUGUUUUGCUUAUCAAAAAAGUCCAGCGAACCAAACAUAUCACAUAUACAUGCAUUAAGUAACACAGCCCAACUGUUGUCCUCCACAGACAAGAAAGCUACACUUAAACAUUGUUUUCAGAUUUUGAAACUCAAAAAGCUCUGACUAUGCAACAGAAUUCGAGUUUGAAACAUGCCUCAUGUGAGCAAAACAGACUCUUACACAGAGCGCCUCUGCAAAAUCGUGCUGUAAAUGUGUUUAAAGCUAUUUUUAAACAUAAAAUCUGGAGAAUAUCAGGAGAAUCAAGUUCCACAAUUUUACCUUUCUUACAUGCAGAAUACAUUAGGAAUAGCCGAAUAAAAACCA